AUGGCUUCGCACGAGUCGCGCGGCCUCAUGAGCGUCCAAGCCGCGGCACAACUCCACGAGGGCCUUCGAGGAGCAAUCUGUGCCGGGGGCCGCUGCCUGCUCGGCGAGGGCAUCCUACUCGAGAGGGCCGUCGGGCUCUUCACGGGAGGGCCAGAGCCCGGGCCGUCGUGCCGACGGCGUCCUGGCCUCGAGCAGGCGCGCAGCACGCGCACGCCCUCUGACGCCGAGGCCUCGAUGCUCCGAGGCCAUCCACACACCGUCGCGAUCGGCAUCACCGGCGACAUCGCGCUCGCCGAGGUGGACGGCCCGCGGGAGACGGUGCUCGCCAACGCCGGCGCGUUUCUGAGGCAGCGCUGGCCCGAGAUUUGCGACGUGAUCGUCGGCGACCCGGGCAGCCUGCGCGACGUCGUGCGCGACGACGAGACGGGCGACGUGCUCGAGGAUCGGCGGGCGCCCGACUGGAACGGCGACCGCGCCGCGCUCGAGUACCAGGGCAUCGACCCGGACCGAAGAGGGCCGGGUGGAGAGCCCGGGGCGAGCCGAGAGGGACCUGGCCUCGAGCAGGCGCGCAGCUCGCGCACGCUCUCUGCGACGACGCUCUCCGUGCCGGACAACAUCUGCUACAUCGCGGACCAGCUCUUUGCGACCACCGAGUGCUACACGGACAUCGCGGACGAGAGUGCGGGCGUUCGCGCUGUCGCUGUCACGUCUCGGCCCGUCCUCGACAUCGACCCGACCGCCGUCAUCGCCGCUCCAGACGGGCUCUCAGCUCUCAUGAAGGGCGGCGGGCCGUGUCCGGAGAAGGCGACCACCGAGUGCUACACGGACAUCGCGGACGAGAGUGCGGGCGUUCGCGCGGUCACUGUCACGUCUCGGCCCGUCCUCGACAUCGACCCGACCGCCGUCAUCGCCGCUCCAGUCGACGCGGCGUUCGACCCGGCCAUGUCCGGCACCGUCGACGCCACCACUAGCGAGCCCAUGCCGCUUUACGAAGCGAUUGCCCCGCAGGGCUUACAGGUGCCGGGCUACUCUUCGCCGAAAAACUCUUUGGGGAAGGCUGGCAUCCUGUCCGGCAGAACACGUUUGCCUCACGGAUCGUAA